GAACGUAAACCCCAUUAAAUAACAUUGCUGCUCUGCCCCGUUCCACUGAACUUAGAGUGAACUAAGUUAAUUUUGUCCUUAUUUAAAUUAAUUUUUUUUGCUAAAAACUAAAAGGUGGUUAAAAGUAAAAAAAAUUUACUUUUUCAAUUAAUCCUCUCGUGAAGAAGAAUCAAUAAUUUAUAAAAAUUUAGCAUAAAACUAAAAAAUACAAAAUAUUUUUGAAUAACAACCAAAAAUACUAAAAGUCCUAAAAAUUAAAUGGAACGCGUCUAUAAAUGAAUUAAAGAAUCCAUAUAGUAGGCAGUUUAGUGACAUAUUCACUGCUACUCAUCUCUCUCUCUCUCUCACAGACACACACACUAUCCGCAUAUGAGGGCCAUAAAGAUGAGCAUGUCACCGGGCACGCCAUCACCAUCCCUGACACCAGCACCAGCACCACAACAAACAAAACCACCACCUUCCACCGCGUCUAUCCGUACAAUCCCCGGCGGGCACGGUUGGCCUGUGUUGGGGCCCAUAUCCGACCGCCUCGACUACUUCUGGUUCCAGGGACCGGAGACGUUCUUCCGCAAGAGAAUAGAGAAGCACAAGAGCACCGUGUUCCGGACGAACGUGCCGCCGACGUUCCCGUUCUUCUCCGGGGUCAACCCCAACGUGGUGGCGGUGCUGGACUGCAAGAGCUUCUCUCACCUCUUUGAUAUGGAAAUUGUGGAGAAGAAGAAUGUGUUGGUUGGAGACUUCAUGCCUAGUGUUAAAUUCACCGGAGACUUGCGUGUUUGUGCUUAUCUUGAUACCUCUGAGCCUCAACACUCCAAGGUCAAGAAAUUCUCCAUGGACAUCCUAAAACGAAGCUCCACAAUCUGGGUCUCAACACUCACCUCCAACCUGGACACCAUGUGGGACACCCUCGAGUCCAAGCUCUCCGAAUCCGACUCCGCCUCCUACCUGAUCCCAAUCCAAAAACUCAUCUUCAGCUUCUUCACCCGCUGCCUCAUCGGGGCCGACCCGUCCGCCUCGCCCGAGAUCGCCAAGUCAGGCUACGUCAUGGCUGACCUCUGGCUCGCGCUCCAGCUCCUGCCCACCGUCAAAAUCGGCGUGCUGCAGCCCCUGGAAGAGAUCUUUCUCCAUUCCUACGCGUACCCUUUUGCCCUGGUGAGCUCAGGGUACAAGAAACUCGCUAAGUUCGUUGAGGAGCAAGGGAAGGACGCGGUUGAGAGAGGGGUGACCGAGUUCGGACUGAGUCGGGAAGAGACGAUUCACAACCUGGUUUUCAUACUAGGGUUCAACGCGUACGGCGGGACUUUGAUCUUUUUGCCGACUCUGCUGGCCAAGAUUGGGACGGACAAGACGGGGAUUCAGGAGAAGCUCAGGGAAGAAGUGCGGGCGAAGACAGCCGGGUCGACUCUGAGUUUCGACUCGGUGAAGGAUAUGGAGCUGGUUCAGUCGUUCGUGUAUGAGACGCUCCGCCUUAACCCACCGGUUCCACUUCAAUACGGUCGAGCAAGGAAGGACUUCCUACUGAGUUCACACGACUCAGUGUACGAAAUCAAGAAAGGCGAGCUUCUCUGUGGAUACCAAACGCUGGUCAUGAGAGACCCGAACGUGUUCGACAACCCGGAGGAGUUCGUAUCGGAUCGGUUCACGAAGGAGAAGAAAGGAAGGGAGUUACUGAGUUACUUGUACUGGUCGAAUGGGCCACAGACUGGGUCACCCAGCGAGUCAAAUAAGCAGUGUCCCGCGAAAGACUAUGUUACCCUCACUGGUUGUCUUUUCGUGGCUUACUUGUUCCGGAGGUACGACUCGAUCACCUGCAACUCGUCCGGGGCGAUCACAGCGGUUGUGAGGGCUAAAUGAGUUCGUUUGAGUUGGAUGCGGCAGAUAUGAUCUAUAUAUGUAUCCCAUGUAUAGACAAGAAUUGUUUUUGUGCCAAAAUGCUUAAAUAUCGUAAGAGAAACGAUUUGAAUCAUCAAAAUAAGUCAUGAAACUCAUGCUAUUAGGCGGCGUUUAAAGAUAAGCAUAAUUAACAAUUUGGAUCAGUUGGGAAA